UUUGAAAGGCAUGACCCUGCAAAUGGUCGAAUCACGGAACGCCAAUUUGGCAGCAUGCUGCUGGCUUAUAGCGGAGUACAAUCCAAAAAGUUGACUGUGAUGCUGAAACAACUCAAGAAGCAUUUCCAGGAUGGAGUGGGACUAACAUUUGAGGAAGUAGAAAAUUUCUUUACGUUCCUGAAAAACAUAAAUGAUGUUGAUACAGCUUUAAGUUUCUACCACAUGGCGGGAGCAUCUCUUGAUAAAGAUACGAUGCAACAAGUAGCCAAGACAGUGGCAAAGGUGGAACUAUCAGACCAUGUAUGUGAUGUUGUGUUUGCUCUUUUUGACUGUGAUG